GGGUGAGAGACCGGAAAUGAGAAAGGUUAGUUUGGGUAUUUAUGAGAGAAAUUGUUGAUCCGCUAACGCUUAACGCUACCUAACUUUACGAACCUACCUCUCUCGCACACGAGGUUUCCAGAUCGAUCUCCAAAAAAACCCAUUAAUUCAGGGAUCUUCAUCAGAAGUAAGAUGGGGCUUACAUUCACCAAACUCUUCAGCCGGCUUUUCGCCAAGAAAGAAAUGCGUAUAUUGAUGGUGGGUCUCGAUGCUGCUGGUAAGACAACCAUUUUGUACAAGCUCAAGCUCGGGGAGAUUGUUACCACCAUUCCUACCAUCGGCUUUAAUGUGGAGACAGUUGAAUACAAAAACAUCAGCUUCACUGUGUGGGAUGUGGGGGGUCAGGACAAGAUCCGUCCCCUUUGGAGGCACUACUUCCAGAACACACAAGGUCUUAUCUUUGUUGUCGAUAGCAAUGAUAGGGAUAGAGUUGUUGAGGCAAGAGAUGAGUUGCACAGGAUGUUGAAUGAGGAUGAGCUUAGGGAUGCAGUUCUUCUUGUGUUUGCCAACAAACAAGAUCUGCCCAAUGCAAUGAAUGCUGCUGAAAUCACCGAUAAGCUUGGCCUUCACUCUCUUCGACAACGUCACUGGUACAUCCAAAGCACCUGUGCCACCUCUGGGGAAGGACUUUACGAGGGUUUGGACUGGCUCUCCAACAACAUUGCUAACAAGGCAUGAGGUGGAGAUGAAUUGUAAUUUGGGGGUCAAGAAACCGGAGGCAAGUUUUGCUUUUUGUAUGGUCAGGUCACUUUUCUUACUGGUUCUCGUUCUUCCGUGACUGAGGUGCUAGUGGUUAUGGAACUUUGUUUGUUAAAAAAGGCUUUUUUGAAUUUUUUUUUUUUUUUAUAUAUAGGGUAUGUAUGAUACGAUUUAAAGAGAUAAAUGUUGGUUGUUUAUAUAAGCUUUUUUGUUUAUAUUAACUAGGUAUGUUUUGGUAA